AUGGAGCCCAGAGAAGCCGCUGGAAAGGAGACCAUGGGAAGCAAGAGGAAGAACUUGGCCUUCUUGAGAUCCAGGCUGUAUAUGCUAGAGAGGAGGAAGACGGAUACUGUGGUGGACAGCAGUGUUUCUGGGGACCACUCUGGCUCCCUGAGGAGGAGCCAGUCUGACAGGACCGAAUACAACCAGAAACUACAAGAAAAGAUGACCCCACAGGCCGAGUGCUCCUCAGCAGAAACUCCAACAGCCGAGGAAGAGCAACAGGUGGGGAGGAUGAUGGCAAAGCGAUCCAAGAUCAUCAGGGAGCUGAUACAGACGGAGAGGGAUUACCUCACGGAUCUGGAGCUGUGCCUUAGAGAAGUGGUCCAGCCACUGAGAAGCAAACAGAUCGACAGGCUGGACGUGGAGGCCUUGUUCAGCAACAUUGAAUCUGUGCAUCAAAUAUCAGCUAAGCUACUGUCCUUGCUGGAGGAGGCCACAGCAGACGUGGAACCGGCCAUGCAAGUAAUCGGAGAGGUAUUCUUGCAGAUUAAAGGACCGCUGGAGGAGACUUAUAAAAUCUAUUGCUAUCACCACGAUGAAGCGCACAGUGUCCUGGAGUCCUAUGAGAAGGAAGAGGAGCUGAAGCAACAACUCAGCCACUGUAUCCAGUCCCUAAAGAAUAUAUAUAUGCAAGAGGGCAAGCCAAACCUGCUGGACAUGGGCUCUUUGAUGAUCAAACCCAUUCAGCGGGUGAUGAAAUACCCCCUCCUGCUGUGCGAACUCCGGAACUCCACCCCGCCCUCCCAUCCAGACUACAGAGCCCUGGAGGAAGCCUUCACCGCUGUGAAGGACAUUAAUGUUAACAUCAAUGAGUUGAAAAGAAGAAAAGACUUAGUUCUAAAAUAUAAGAAGAACGAGGAGGAGGAAUCCCUCAAAGACAAACUAUCUAAACUAAGCAUUCAUUCAAUUAGCAAGAAGUCAAAAAGAGUCACAAAUCAUCUGAAGAUCCUGACCAGAGGAGAGUCACAGGUGAAAGACAAUACCUUCAACAGAGAAGAAAAGCUUUUUAGGUCACUAGAAAAGACUGUGAGACUUUGUGUGAAGAACAUUUCAUCCUGCCUUCAGCACAUAGAGGAAGCCAUGCCCUUUACUCUGCAGAGUGUGGCAGAGCUCCGUGAGAUUUCAUACAAGGAUGGAGAGAAAAACUGUGUGGAGCCCCAGAGUCAAGCUUCAAAUCCCUGUCAAGACUUUGCUGCUCGUUCUCAGAGACUCAUCCUGAGCCCCCUGUCAGCUUUGCUGUCCGUAUUCCCUGGACCUCAGAAGCUCAUCCAGAAACGCUAUGACAAACUACUGGACUAUAAUAGCUCCCUGCCCCGGUCAGUCACCACUGAGUCAGACUUAGCCAAACGAGAGUAUGAGGCGCUCAAUGCCCAACUUGUGGAAGAGCUGCAGGCGUUCAACCAGGCUGCCAGGAAGAUCUUGCUGAACUGCUUGUGUAGUUUCAUCACCCUCCUCCGGGACCUGAUGCAGGUGGCGCUGCAGGUUUAUUCCACAGUCAAGACGGUGCCACUGCCAGUCUUGGGCAUCUCAGAGAUUCAGAAUCAAGUGCUGGAAGAGGUUCACAACUUGAGCUUUGUAAAGGACAACAGUGCCACCUUUAUUGAGAGGAAACUUAGCUUUGAAAAGAAGAAGCCGGCACAGGUUCUGCCAGAAGUGCCACAUCAAACGGACGCUCACCGCUCCAAACUUCUGUCCACAUACGGAGCAGAGGAACUCUACCGAGCUAAGCGCAAGUGUAAUGCCACCCAAGAGCAUGACAUCAACCUUCUAGAAGGGGAGUUGGUAGCAGUCCUGGAACAGAAGGAUCCCCUGGGGAGUACAAGCAGGUGGCUUGUGGACAAUGGAUUUGUAAAAGGCUACGUGUAUUCCUCCUUCCUAAAGCCCUACAACCCAGGGAAGGGGCAGAAGGUGGACGCAGAGAACAGAUUCUGUGACGACGAUUUCGAGAACAUCAAUCUCUUUGUGUCUUGCCGGACUGCGGGUGACAGGGUCAGCAUAAGUGACAGCAGCUCAUCGCUUAGUGGCUCUUGUGGGAAGUCUGAAACAAAUGGUGCUGAUGUUGAUGAUUUUCAAGAGGUAGAUGAGCAGAUUUUCUAUGCAGUCCAUGCGUUCCAGGCACGGAGUGACCAUGAACUCAGCCUUCAAGAGUACCAGCGAGUCCAUAUACUUAGAUUCUGUGAUCUAAGUGGGAACAGAGAGUGGUGGUUAGCUGAAGCCCAAGGUCAGAAAGGGUAUGUGCCGGCUAACUACCUUGGGAAGAUGACGUAUGCUUAA